AUGGCAGGCUUCAGCCUGUUCCCACAGAUGGGCCUCAACCUGAACAACCCCAACAUGAUGCAGGGAAUGCUCCAGAACCCUGAGUUCUUGAACCAGAUGUCCACCAUCAUGUCCGACCCGGCUGUCCUCGAGCAGGUCAUCGCGGCGAACCCGCAGCUCGCAGCGAUGGCUCCGCCCAUGUGCGAGAUGUUCCAGAGUGAGGGCUUCAGGCAAUUGAUGUCAAAUCCCGAGUUGCUGCGCAUAAUGCGGCAGAUGUCGAGCUCGAUGGGCGGUGGCGGCGCAGGCGGCUUCCCCAUGACCAGCGUUCCAGGCGGCGGUAGUAACACCGGUGCCAGCACACAAGGUGGCGCCGGCGGUGCGCCCACCGUACACAGGCAUGUUCGAUCCAGCCGCAAUGCAGCAGAUGCUGGGGCAGCAUGGACGCUUUCGGCGGUGGUGCACCGCCCACAUCCCUAG